AUGCUCGGCAACUCCCUGGCUUGGAUCCAGAGCUUUCGGAACACCGAGCGCGUGACGGACUCGGAGGGGCGCAGCUCGUUCGUGCUGGUCAAUGAGGCCACCGGGAAAGCGCUGCGGCGCUCCCACGGUGACCAGAAGCUUCAGGUGGUCGGCUACUGCCCGGACUCGGUGGACGUCGCGCUGCUGUGGACGCGGGGUGGCGAUCUUGGGGAAGGGUACCACUGCAUCCGCAGGGUCAGCGACCUCGGCUACGUCCUUGACGCGGCGGAGGGUGUACCCGAAACCGGCGGGGCGCACGACGGGACGCCCGUCAUCUUGUUCCCGGCCAACGGGGGCCCGAAUCAGAAGUGGAAGAUGACGCCGUUCCAUUGA